CCAGCCGGUACGUCGCCCUCCGCGGGGCGCAGCGCACCAUGCUCCCGCUUCCCGGCCGACUCUUCAGGGUUCCCGUAGCACCUGUCGCGGCCCUGGCUGUGGCGCUGGUCUCGUCGCUUUCUCGCUGCUCCCUCCUGGAGCCGGAAAACCGCGUGGUCUCGGCGCUCAGCCCCUACUUCGGCACCAAGACUCGCUACGAGGAUGCCAACCCCGGGCUGCUGCCGGACCCCGAGGUCCCGCGGCGGGACCCGGAGCUAUUGGAGGAGACCUGCAUCCCUGUGCAGCUGGUCGCCCUCAUCCGCCAUGGCACCCGCUACCCGACGGCCAAACAAAUCCGCAAGCUGCGGCAGCUGCACGGGCUACUGCAGGCCCGCGCGCCGGAUAAGGGGACCCGCGCUGCCGGCGGCCGCGACCUGGGCGCCGCGCUGGCCGACUGGCCGUUGUGGUACGCGGACUGGAUGGAUGGGCAGCUGGUGGAGAAGGGGCGGCAGGACAUGCGACAGCUGGCGCUGCGCCUGGCCUCCCUUUUCCCGGCCCUUUUCAGCCGGGAGAACUACGGCCGCCUGCAGCUAGUCACCAGCUCCAAGCACCGCUGCGUGGACAGCGGCGCCGCCUUCCUACAGGGGCUGUGGCAGCACUACCACCCGGGGUUGCCGCCGCCCGACGUCGCAGAUAUGGAGUGUGGACCUCCAAGAAUUAAUGAUAAAUUAAUGAGGUUCUUUGAUCAUUGUGAGAAGUUUUUAACUCAAGUGGAAAGGAAUGCUACGGCUCUUUAUCAUGUAGAAGCCUUCAAAACUGGACCAGAAAUGCAGAACAUUUUAAAAAAAGUUGCAGCUAUUUUGCAAGUACCAGUCAAUAAUUUAAAUGCAGAUUUAAUUCAGGUAGCUUUUUUCACCUGUUCAUUUGACCUGGCAAUUAAAGGUGUUAAAUCUCCUUGGUGUGAUGUUUUUGACAUAGAUGAUGCAAAGGUUUUAGAAUAUUUAAAUGAUCUGAAACAAUAUUGGAAAAGAGGAUAUGGGUAUACUAUUAACAGUCGCUCCAGCUGCACCCUGUUUCAGAAUAUCUUUCAGCACUUGGACAAAGCAAUUGAACAGAAGCAAAGUUCUCAGCCAGUUUCCUCUCCAGUCAUCCUUCAGUUUGGUCAUGCAGAGACUCUUCUUCCACUGCUUUCUCUCAUGGGCUACUUCAAAGACAAGGAGCCCCUCACAGCUUAUAAUUAUAAAGAGCAAAUGCAUCGAAAGUUCCGAAGUGGUCACAUUGUACCCUAUGCCUCAAACCUAAUAUUUGUGCUUUACCAUUGUAAAAAUGCUAAGACACCUAAAGAAGAAUUCCGAGUGCAGAUGUUACUGAAUGAAAAGGUGUUACCAUUGGCUCACUCACAAGAAACUGUUUCUUUGUAUGAAGAUCUGAAGAACCACUAUAAGGACAUCCUUCAGAGUUGUCAGACUACUGAAGAUUGUGAAUUACCAAAAGUGAACACAUCUGAUGAGCUUUGAGUAACUGGAGAACAGUUUUAAUUUGUCAGGAAUCUGUUAUAGGGAGUGAUCACAUGUUUGAACUAGGUGGGCAGUCCCUGGCUACAGAAAGCUUUAGCAUUACUUAGGUUUUUCUGUCUCUUCAAAGAAAAAUAUUUCUUUUGGAGUUUGGACAUGGCUUUAUAAGAAAUGAUUCUUCACUGGAACAGCUCUCUUAAUGGGAAAAAAAUCUAUUCAAAGAGAUAACUGACAUUACAAAUGUUUACAGAAAUUAAAUUAUUCCCAUUUUAUGUAAGAAAUCUCACACUGAGAUAGAAUAUGAUUUCAGAAUACUUGAAAGUGCUGGAGUAACAAAAUAUUUACAUCAGUUGGACAAUCUGGAACUUGACAGGCUUAAGUCUAGGAACUUUACCAGUUGUGCUGCAGUUCUUUCAUUUUUCCUCAGAUAACACAGUUUUAGCAUUGCCUUUCUUAAUCAAAAAUAUGAUUCACGGAGUUCCCGUCGUGGCUCAGUGGUUAACGAAUCCAACUAGGAACC